AACUAAAGAUUGAUACUUUUAAAAAGUAGGAACAGAUCUUCUUCGCUUGUGUUCACGAGGGAAGGAAAUGACUGCAACACCCGCCGUUUGUUGUGAAGCGGCGGGCUAGCGUGUAUAACAACUACUGAUGGCUGCGAACAUUUGUGAAUGGGCUCAGAAGAAGAAGAAAAAUGGGGUGGAAACGUAAAGCAUCUCCCGAUCCACAAUUGGAACCUGCCAAAGCACCUAAGAGGGAAUCUGUCAACACAUCUCCUUUUUUUCACAAACUAAUCACAAGUUCUUGGAGGAGGAAGGUCUCUACCCCCACUAAGAGAAAGUGUCUGACCUCAGUCCACACGCUGUCUCCUGACAGACAAGUUCGUCAAUUUAAAUCCCAAGAGCAGAAUUCCAGUGCAGACCAUGAUGUUGUGGAUGAUGGUGUCCAGUCCUCCCCAAUUUUGUCUCCCCUGCAGUCAGAGGAGGAUGCAGAGCUGGGUCUGGUAAUCACUGUGGAUGAAGACCGGUGUGGAGAAGAGGAAUCUUCGAAUGGAAAGAAUGGAGUAAAUGAAACAAAUGUUAUGACCCAAAGGGAAGGAGAGAUCCCUGAGGAGAAUGAAGAGAUGGAGAUGGAAGAAGGGCUUGAGGAAGAGGAUGAAAGUGAAGAGGAGCUGAGAAAGUUGGACAGGGAUUUAACUUUCAAGUCAAAAAAGCUCAAGCUCUCCUCCGUCAAUGUUCGUGACAUUAUCCAUGAGGUGGUAACAAAUGAGCAUGUUGUGGCCAUGAUGAAAGCUACCAUAAGAGACACACAGGACAUGCCUAUGUUUGAGCCUAAAAUGACCCGUUCAAAGCUCAAGGAAGUUGUUGAAAAAGGGGUGGUAAUGGGCAACUGGAACAUCUCACCAAUAAAGAAGGCAAAUGAGAUUAAGCCUCCCCAGUUUGUAGACAUUCCCCUGCAGGAGGAAGAAGACUCCUCAGAUGAAGAGUAUUGUCCUGAUGAAGAUGAGGAGGAUGAAACUGCUGAGGAGACAUUUUUGGAGAGUGAUGUGGAGAGCACAGCCUCCUCCCCACGUGGCACCAAACACACCCCCUCUCAUACGCCCUCUGAACGUGACAGCCCCAGACCGAAGCCUGGGGUGUCCAGGCACUUGAGAGUUGAGGCAGUGCCUAUGGGUCCCCCUGCCCCUCCUCCCCAAUCCUGCAGCUCCUCAAGAUCUCUCAGGCUCCCUGACCCCUUUAUUGAGAAACUCCAUGCUGUGGAUAAAGAACUUGAGCAAAGUCCUCUCUGCAUGGAGCCUUACCAGGCUUUGAGCAACAGUGGUGGAGGGGAGCCAGACAACAGUUUGGUGGCUUGUCGGACGCGUUCAAAGUGGCCGCUAAGGAACGUCCCUCUGGAUCAGCUAGAGGCGGAGCUCCGCGCGCCAGACAUCACGCCAGAUAUGUAUGAUAAUGUUUCUACGCCAGAGGACCGUAAUUGGACUCAGUGGCUGCAGGGACUCAUGACCACUCACCUGGACAAUGAAGAAGAGGGUGAGGAAGAUGACGACCCUGAAUAUAAUUUUUUAGACGAUUUAGACGAACCCGAUUUGGAAGAUUAUCGAAAUGACCGUGCCGUUCGUAUUACAAAGAAAGAAGUCAAUGAGCUCAUGGAAGAGCUCUUUGAGACGUUUAAUGAUGAGCUGGCAGCCAAUGAGCAAGAUGAGGAAGGUCAUGAGGAAGAUGAGGAUCAUGAUGAAGAGGCGACUAACGCUCCACAAUUCAAUGUUCCUCAAGCCAUCAGGUUCGAGGAGCCACUGGCUCAUAUGUUGACGGCAUGCAGGCGGACGGUCAAACUGCAGCUGGACGCCCUGCAGCAGAAAAGGGAGAACCAGACUCGUGCUACCCAGCAUGCAUCUGGGCCUGGCAUGGUUAUGAUGCAAGCCAGCUGUCCUCUGGUGGUCACAUCGACUCAAAGAGUACAGCUGCAGCAGCAAAUACAGCAGCAUGUCCAGUUAUUAACACAGGCCAAUAUGCUUUGCAGUCCAGUCCAGGCGCUACAGAGCGAAGCUCAAACCACCAAACAUUUUCUGGAGGAGUUGCUGUCAUUUGCGGAGAGAGCAGAAAAGGGAAGGGCGACGGUUAAUCCGGGUUUCAGAAGCAUUUUCAAAGUGUGUAACUUACAGCCGUCCCUUAACCUGCUGGAGGAGUUGAACCAGUGUCCUUUUCCUCUCUAUCUGCCUCCCAAACCCACGCGCCGUAACACAGCCCAUUCGUACCCGUUUCUCCCCGCUGGUCUUGCGUGGCUGUUUGCUACACGGUCUUUGUUUAUGUAUCCUGAGCUUCUACCCCACUGCAGUCUGGAUCCAGCCCUGCACCCUCCACGCAGCAAACAUUAUUACACCAAAGCAGAGGACAGUCUGAUAGUCUUGGGGUUAAAGCACUUUGCUCAAACAGAGUUUCCAUAUCACCUGAUUAGUCGGUAUCUGAUCCGGUCCAAAACUCAGGAUCAGUUGCGUGUGCGUGUAAAGGACAUGGCAUCCAACAGACUUGGACACAACGUUAUCAAGUUUUACUGCCAGAACCAAGUGGUUCCUCCUCUGCCAGUGAUGUGCAGUCCUAUAUUCCCUGGAGAAGAGUGCCCUCCUGUGGAGCGAGAACAGAGCGUCAUGCCCAACUGGCUGCGGAAAAGCUUACCGAGCAUCCAUAAGGCAGUUUCUCAGUCUGGUUUAAGGGCGACCCCAAUCACGGAAACUCCCAACCACGUUUUUCCAAAAGGAACAAAUUACCCACAAUUCCUUCCUAAAGGUGUUCAUCUGCGUCUGCACCCCUCAUUGAAUAGAAAUCGCCCCUUACCUUGCAAACCCCGGCCUCUGGGUGGUUUUGCCUGCCCUACUCUCAUGCCAUUGGCUAAAGCCCCUCCAUGUCCCACAGGUACAGAUAAUUUAUUGCCCAGUGUCUCCUCACCACUCUCAAAUCACGGUGUGAUUUUACUGGCCCAAGCACCUAGCACGCCUGUAAAUGGGGUCUUACCAUUGACCCAUCCUCCUCUAACACCAGCCCACGGAACAGUGCCACUAAGCACCACUUGUCCUAUUAACUUUCAGUAUAUCACGCCAGAAUUGGGGUCUGGUUUUCCAGUGCACCCUGCUGCCAAUUUGCCCCCAACUCUAGUUCAUAUACCCCCUUCUGCACCUGUCAACAGUCCUCUGCUAACUACUAGGAGAGUAAGGACAAAUGGGGUGCAACGAGUGCAACAGAUGUCGAAUAAGCGCAAGAAACCCUCUAUCCCAAGAAAACUUGUACCUUUGAAGCCAGCCCCCCAACUGCCCAAGAUGCCCUCUCCUUCCUCAAGCAUUGCCUUGAAUGUCACACAGAGAUUGGUCACGCCUUCCUGUGCCCCUUCUUCUCAGGACCUUGUCAUUCGGAUAGUCCCUGCAACACAGGCAAGCGAAUCCCUGUUUUUAGAAAAUGGCCUGACGACUUGCAUAGGAACGGCGACACAGGCAUCAGAAUUUAACUUUAUGCAAACAACUCCCAUUCAGAAAACUGUUGAAAAUGGCCAAAUCAUUAUAAGUCACAACUCUGGAUCACGGAUGAUCCCUGAAAGCAGUGUUUCGUCGCCAACAGAGAGUUCUCAGUAUGUGCUGGUUCAGACAGUUUCACAUACAGGAAUGCCACAGUUUUUACUUGUGCCCAAAGACUCAGUCAUUCAACCCGCUCCACUUUCUACUGAAAGUGCGCCGGUGAGUUUAUCAAUGGUGCCGCAAAACCAGAGCACUGCUUUUGAGGUUUUUCCUGGCACAAAGACAGCAGUGGUGCCUUCAAAUACUGUAACGCCAGUCACAACUUUACCAGUCAAUGUAGAGAAUGCUGGAGGCGAGAAGGAGGGGAGUGAAGCAGAAAUGACUGGUGAGAGAUGGGAAGAGGAAAUGGCAGGUGCUCUGUUUGGCAGUCCUCUUCUAGCAAUCUCCGAGUCUUCCUGUAGCCCCGACUCCAGUUUCACCAGCACAGAUGCCAGUGUGGACAGUGGUGCGGAAGCUUCAGCGAGAGUGGAUAUGGAAAGUGAAUGUGAUGACCCAAAACAUCUGUCUGUGGCAAAGAGGAAAAGACCAAGAAUGCUCACACACGGCACAGGGGAUGGGAAGGAGCAACAGUCCAAUGGGGAAGAGAAGCUGAAUGAGGGGAAUGGGGAGGAAGGACGAGGAGAGGAGAGGGAGAGUGGUGGAAAUGGAGAGCGUGAUGGAGAUAAAGAAGGAGAGAAGAGCGGAGGCAGAGACAGCAGUGAAAAGAAAGAAGGGGAUGGUGGUGGAGACAAAGAACGGGAAGAGAGGGACGGUGAUGGAGAGAAAGAUGGAGAUGGGGAGCGUGACGAGGAAGAAGAGGAUUUUGAUGACCUCACACAGGAUGAAGAUGAGGAGGAAGUGAUGUCAUCGGCAUCAGAGGAAUCUGUCCUUUCUGUUCCGGAACUUCAGGAGACAAUGGAGAAGUUGACCUGGUUGGCAUCAGAGAGGAGACUGUGCCGAGAGGGAGACUCGGAGGAGGACAAUUCUCCCACGUCUCCGACAUCCCCCACCUCCCCAAACUCCCAGAACUCCCCUGCAUCCCAGAAUUCACAGGAGGAGAACUGAGAUGAAGAGGAUGGAGUGAUGAAGAGUGAUGAGAUGGAAGCAGGAGAGGGCGAAGGUGGUAAACUUCCUGAGGGAGAUGCACCGCCAGGUGAUGAUCCCCCACAGGCCAGCGGGAGAGGAGGGGGGCGUGGCAGAGGGCGUGGCCGCCCUCCCCCUCGUAGUCUGAAGCGUGGUCAGCGUCAGGAACGAGGCAGUAAAGAUGCCUCAAAGCUCCUCCUAUUGUAUGAUGAACAGAUCCUAGAUAAUGAUCCAAUGAGAGAGAGCAAAGACAUGGCAUUUGCCCAGGCUUAUCUCAACAGGGUUCGUGAGGCCUUGCAAGAUGUUCCUGGUAAGGUGGAGGAGUUUUUGGGGCUGCUAUAUGAGUUCGAUGAGGCAGGAGAUGGCCAAAGCGUUGUAGAGCUCUUUUCCCAGCUAAAACCUUUGCUCGGAGAUUGGCCGGACCUCCUCAAAGACUUUGCUGCAUUCCUUCUGCCUGAACAAGCACUGGAGUGUGGACUGUUUGAGGAGCAGCAAGCCUUUGACAGGAGUCGGCGGUUCCUGCGUCAGCUAGAAAUAAGUUUUGGGGAGAAUCCGUCUCAUUAUCAGAAGAUUGUGAGAGCACUUCAAAGUGGACCUGCUCUCAGUCCUGCUGGCAUCGAGGAGCUCAAAGCCCAGAUGGCCACCCUUCUUAAGGGCCACACCCACCUACAGGGAGAAUUCUGGAUGUUUUUUGAUGAGAUGCGUCCACCCCCAGCACGUCCCGGACAGUUUGAAGAGGCAGUUUGGCCAGAGGAUGUGGCCACCGGGGCAGAUGGAGAAGGAGCCUUGAGUGUGGGCUGUGGAGGAGGAGUAUGGGGAGGGUUUGAGGAGGUCACACUCCCCGAUCUAGAGGAGGAUGAUGAGUCGCACAAGAUUCGUGUGAUCAGGAGCAAGGGAAGAAAAGAAAUGCGCACACAUGGCAACUACAAGGACUGUGAAUGGCCAGAGAAAGAUUGUCCAUGUCCUUGUCAUGACUCCAGCCACGAUACCAAACAUCGCAGACAUAAGAGGAAGGGAUGCUUGCGUUGCCACAGCAACAAGGCCACCAAUAGCUCAAAGGUGUUGAAGAGUCGUGAUUUGGCAUUUCCAUCUGCUGAUACACAGUCUGAGAGAGGAGGGGAAGAGAAAGAAGAGGAAAGAGGAACGGGGGAGGAAGGAGAAGCAGAGAAGGAGGUUAAAGACGAGUCUGGUAAUGGAGCAAACAGUCCACGCCUUGAUGAAGACGGGACUGUGUGUGAAGGAGAUGAGAUAAUCCCAUCCCCUAUCCCAGAGCAGCAGAUCAAACCAAAUGAGGAAGAUGAUGAGAACCAAGAAGAACAUCUUCAUACGACUCCACAGAGGCAGAAUAGUGAUGAAGAUGUUUCAGCUGGAACAGGAGAGAGAGAGUACACUCAGCAGAGCACACUUAGCCCUGCUUUGGAAUCACCCGUCUGUGCCAAAAACAUCUCCCUCACUGCCAGUGGAGAGAGGGUCAUCCUCUGGACCAGGGAGGCUGAUCGAGUGAUCUUGACUGCCUGUCAACAGCAAGGAGCCAAUGACAGCACUUUCCAGGCUGUGUCAGAACAGCUGGGCAACAAAACAGCCAUUGAGGUUUCAAGGCGAUUUCGAGACCUUAUGCGUCUGUUCCAUACGUCAGCCUGUCAGGCGAGCUCGGAGGAUGAGGCCGCUGAGCAGCAGUCAGCCACUGAUGAAGAGCAGGACUGAUCCACACAGAACUGAAAUAGGAUCAGUCUUUCCUAUAUUCAUACAAACUCUUGUCUUUGUGUAUUUUAAGUGGGUGGCAUUUCUCUUGUUGGAUGCUACAUCUGUGCAUGUUUGCACUUACACAUGGGUAUAGAAGUCUGAGGUCUUUCUGUGACUUAUGAAGUAUUAAUGAAUGCAAUAUGAAUGUUGAGCACAAAAUUAAACAUUUGAAUAUUUAAAGAUGCGGCAAACAUUUUUCAUUGUAAAGCACCAGCAGAUUCUCACCAACAUUGUUAGUGACAGACUGAUUGUAUAUUGUAUGAACAGAUUGGGUUAUGUAAAGUAUUUUUAUAUCAAUGUGGUUUUGUUGUUUUAAUUUUACUUCAGAUGUUCGUUUUGAAAAAAAGGCACAGUUGGGAAAACCCGGAGGAGGAAUUAAAAUGUCUAUUUAUACCAA